ACUCCUAUUUACAUAGAUUCAAUUUACGGAAUUUCACAUUAACAUAUACCGUGAAAGCCGGUAUGUUGAAAAAUAUUAGUAACUCUUGGGAUUUACCAAAAUGAGUUGGUAAGUGUAACAAUUUUGUAGAAAGACCCUGUUUUUAGGCGAUUAAUAUUAAAGUUUGGAACACGCUAAGUUCAAUUAAUGACGCUUGGUAAAUGAGUAUAACAUUUAGAAAAUAAAACAACGAGUAUUUCUUAAUCUUAACUUUCAAUUGCCUGUUAUCAAAAACAUUACUGAAUGUUAAAUAUUAUUAUAAUGAUAUUUUUUACUUGUUAUUAUUGUUAAUGAUAAGCAUUACAAUAUAUCUUCAUAAUUAAUGAAAUAAUUUACUUAUUUAUAUACGAAUACCAAGUCCAAGCAUAGAACACGGAGAACCAUUGUGAAAUUUGUACCACUAUAUAGUCAAUUAAUAAAUUACUUAAUAUUUAUAGAUAUCUAGUGUUACAUCGCAUUAUAUUUAUGAAAAGCGUUAGACCAAUAUAUAUAAUGUUCCCGCAGUAUCCUGUAAAUCGGCUACUGGGUGUUGCCGGAGUCGAUAUUCCGAUCGACCAUUUGAAGCUAAUUCUGCCUUACUAUCAGUUGGGUGCCGGAGGAUCAUUGUUUUUAAUCGAUCAUCGCGGAAAUAUAGUCCUACACGAUAACCUCAAACCAGUGUUUGACGGUGAUAUUUUGAAACCCGGUUACCGUACAGUGGACUUUAUAGAUCUUGAGCAAUCAGCUGUAGCUCAUGAACCUAGAGAUUAUCCACAGGACUGGAGAGAGGUAAUAAAACUAUGAUUAGCCAUACAAUAUAAUAAGUAAUUAACCUUACAUUGAAUAAAACAAUCCCACUGAUAACUAUUUUUUCUGCGACCCAUUGCAAAAUUUACGAUUAAAAUAGACUUUUUCAGAUAUAAAAUAAACAUAUUUAUAAUAAAUAUUUUUAAUACAAAAACAAAGAUUUUUUUACGGAUAUAUUGAAAAUGCGACAAUUUAAGGUGUUUUAGAGUCUUCUCUGCUUUUCAGUUCCGUAAAUCAGUAGUGAUAACUCAGACUAAAGGCAGUAGGACGAUGUACGGAAAGAAUAUAUACGAGUACGGAAUAAGAGCAAGCCUGGAAGAGAGGGAAUACCACUGGAGGAGAGUGAUCAACCAUUAUACGGCUGUCGUGGUGUUGCCACCGUAUGGAAGGCGACACGUUGUUCCAGAUAGUACCUUCACGAAACAAUUAGCCGAAGCCGCAUUAAAAACUUUAUCUAGGAGUGACUUUGCUGUACAACCUGAUUGGCUAUACUGUCGACAUGUAGAGCCAUACUUCGACAUGAGAGAGUCUGAAGUCCUGCAUUUUAUCAGACGACGAAGCGACGAGCCCAACUUCGUUAUGACCAAGCUGAAACAUUUGUACUCUAACAUACCACCAGGAUUAUUCGACAAGACUUAUCAGUGUAACGAACAGCUGAUGGCCCGCUUGUGUAAGGAGGCGGUUGCUACCAGCAGUUGGAUCAACGACCACGAGAUGGAGUGCACGACCUGCCAACUAGGAGCCGUUACUGCGUUCUUUGCUGGCGAGGGUGGGCUGACACGGUGGCAGCAAUACCGCGUGACCAGUACCCACGCUCCGGCUCCGACCGGUGCGGCGUGGCCGUACGGGCCCGCGGAGCCGUGGUACCGGCGUGCCGUCGCCGCCGCCGGGGAGCUCACCGUGCACGCGCCCGUCAUGCCGGUACGACGGAUGAGGAACACGGACGCUAGCCCGCCGCCGGUGAGCGAAUCAAAUCAAAACUAUAAUUGCAGGAAACUAAUUUUAAGAUUAUUUCUAUGUACGUGCCGUAUCAUCAGAAUUUUUGUUAUUCACAUGCAAACUGUAAAGAAAAGUCAUUUUAUUAGACUCCUUCGGCUCAGUUUAGUAUAUUGGAAGAGUUCCAUUUUGUUCUUUUUUAUUAUUCAAUAGCAUACAAAAUAAUAUUUACCUUAUAUCUGUAACUACCCCCUUAACUUGUUGGGCUCGAAGGAUCAUAUGGAAACCUGAGACGCCAUUUGCUUUAUUUGAGCAUAAUAAUUAAAAAAAAAUUAAAGUUACCAAGUAAUAAAAAUGUUCAUUCAUGUUUUUAGGGAGGUACUAGAGCGGAAUGGCUGACGGCGGCUCGGGUGGUCACCAACCUGGACAAGAGUAUCAUCGGCGUAGCCGGCUACCACUUUCAUCCCCAGCAUUUACACGACCUCCUCGACUCUGUCACUAACAAUACAUGUGAUCUAGAAGAUCCCGAGUGCAAGCCCAGCUGCGAUGGUGUAGAGUGGAGUUGCGUGCUAGUGGACGAAGGCGGGUGGGUGGUGGCGGGGGUGGGCGCGGAGGCGGAGGCGGAGGAGGGGGCGCGGGCGCACCUGGCCGCGACACACCCGGGCGCGAUGGCGGCGCUGCUCGGCGCGAGGGUGUUCACACUCAACUGGCUGCACGACUACCAGGGCGUCUGCUUCCCAUACACCGACGAGAGGUCUUCUGCUUCUCUGGUCGGUGUUGUGUGCGAUGAUCUGAUUAAUAUUUUUAUUCAUACCACAUGUCGUGAAUCUUCCUUUUGACAGAUUGAACCCAACAGAUUCCAAUGAUGACCGAACGAAUGUAAGAUGCCAUCCAUA